AUGGCAUUCUCUACCGGAGGGAGCAGCAGCAGUGGUAAUGCUAACGAAAGAAAACUGCAGCGUGAUAUACCAACAGAUAGUUGUGUACGCCUAUAUCUUUCGCCAGUCCCUAGCGUGGAAGAUGAUGAGGACGAGGAUGUUGAUGAUGAUCAUCAAAGUCAAGCAGCUUUAUCAAUUGUUGAACAAGAUGAUAGUGGUGAGGAAGUUGAACUUACUAGUGUUACACCUGGUACUGCAACUACUGUCACGAUAGUUGAUACAAACCAUGGCGUUAGUAAUCCAUCGAAAACUCAAUAUGAUGAAGAAGUAACUGAUGUGACAUAUGUUGUUCGUAAACAUUACGAGAAUUUUGAAACCAUUGAUUGGCUAAAAGAUUUAAUGAGAAAUCGUAUUCGACAUCGUAAUUUACGUGCACAAAGACGAGCUAGCUGGCGACAACGAUUUAUAUUUUGGUUUGAUGCAUGGAGUGGAUGGAUUUGUGUAUUGCUAGUCGGUUUAUCAGCUGGUCUUGUAGCUGGCUUUGUUGACAUCGGCGCAAAAUGGAUGAGUCAUUGGCGAACUGGUGUUUGCACACCAGCAUUUUGGCUUAAUCGAGAACAAUGCUGUUGGGGUUCGAGAGAAGUUGAAUUUGACCAUGUUCAUAGUGAAUUAUGUGAACAUUGGAAUACAUGGUCUCAAAUAUUUGAUAUGAAUGAAUUAUCCGUUAGUGCUUGGUUUUUCCGGUAUUUUAUGUUUAUAUUUUGGUCUGUGAUUUAUUCUGGUUUUAUUGUUUGUCUUGUCGUUGGUUCUGCUCCAUAUGCAAGUGGAUCUGGAAUUCCUGAAAUAAAAACAAUUCUAUCAGGUUUUAUAAUGUAUGGCUAUUUAGGCAAAUGGACAUUUUUUAUUAAAAGUAUUGGCAUGAUAUUUGUAACAAGUGCAGGUCUUAUUGUAGGAAAAGAAGGUCCAUUUGUGCAUAUAUCUUGUUGUUGCGGAAAUCUUUUUUCAAAACUUUUUCCAAAAUAUGGAAAUAAUGAAGCACGUAAACGAGAAAUAUUAUCUGCAGCAGCUGCUACAGGAGUUUCAGUUGCAUUUGGUGCACCCAUUGGAGGCAUCCUAUUUGGCUUAGAAGAAAUAAGCUAUUAUUUUCCAUAUAAAACAUUAUGGCGAACAUUUUUCUGUUGUAUGAUCGGUGCUCUUGUUGUACGUACAAUAAAUCCAUAUGGUAACGGUCAUGAAAUUCAAUUUCCUGUUGAAUAUAAUGUUCCAUGGGCAACAUUUGAAGUUGUUCCAUUUAUUUGCCUUGGAAUCUUAGGAGGUCUAUGGGGAACAUUAUUUAUAAAAACAAACAUUCGCUGGUUAAAAUAUAAAAAAACUAGUCGCAUUGGGCAAUAUCCACGUGCCGAAGUUGUCAUUCUAACACUAAUUACUGCUUUUAUUUGUUAUCCAAAUCUCUAUUUAAGAUUAACAAUGCCUGAAUUAAUUCGACGGUUAGUUGGACAAUGUCGUGUUGAUAAUCAUAUGGAUUUAUGUGAUUACGAACGUGAAAAACCUACAGGGACAGCUACAUCUAAAUUAUAUUCUGCUCUGGCGGGUCCUGGCAUACAUCGUGCUAUUUGGCAAUUAUUUUGGGCAUUAAUUGUUCAAAUAACUCUCGUUAUUUUUACUAUCGGCACAAAAAUUCCUUCUGGCUUGAUCGUUCCGAGCAUUUCAAUCGGAGCUAUUGCCGGGCGCCUUAUUGGUAUUAUAACAGAACAGAUAGCAUAUCAAAAUCAGCAUUUAGCUAUACUAAGACAUGAAUGUGGAGUUUCUAAUGAACAUUGUGUUACGCCUGGAUUAUAUGCAGUUGUUGGGGCAUGUGCUUUUUUAGGUGGCGUUAGUCGAAUGACUGUUUCUCUUGUUGUUAUUAUGAGUGAAGUUACUGGUGGUUUGUCUUAUAUUGUUCCAUUGAUGGUUACAGCAUUAGCAGCCAAAUGGGUAGGAGAUGCAUUUGGUGAAGGAAUUUACGAGGAGAAUGUGAAAUUAAGUGGCUACCCAUACUUAGAAAAUCGUGAAAGUUUUCGAUUUACUCUGAAAGCUGGUGAAGCAGUACGUGCAAGUCGUUCUGAUGAAACAGUUCCAUUAGCAUGUAUUAUUCAAGAUGGAAUGACAAUAGCUCAAAUUGAUAGACUUCUUCAUCGUCAUCCACACUCGAUUUAUCCUGUUAUUAUCAGUGAAGAUUUUCCUUGCAUAGUCGGUCAAGUGCAACGACGUGAUCUAUUAGCUGUACUUAAAUCACGAAAAACUCAGUCACCACAAAUACAAUCAAAACCAUUAUUGAAUCGAAAGUAUUCAGUAGUAUCAAUGUCAAAUUUAUUAAAUAAAUCAGGUCAACCAUCAUCAUUAGGAAUGCGUCGAGCAUCAAUAGCAUUGCAAGCAUCAAAAAUUUUAAAAUUACACAAAUUAGUUGAUCGAGCACCAAUUAUUGUAACAGAUCAAACACCAAUGGAAGCUGUAGUUGAUAUGUUUAGAAAAUUGGGUUGUAGACAAAUAUUUGUUACAAAAAACGGUCGUCUUCAUGGCAUUUUAACUCGAAAAGAUAUUAUUCGUUUAAUGCAAGAAGCUAAUAUAUCAAAAAAGCUUGAACACUAA